AUGUGUGACGUGCUUCAAUUGCAACCCGCAGGUGCUUUUUUACGUCACGUUGAGAAACUUGAGACCUUUGUCCCUUUAUGGCGUCGUUCGGACCCCAUCACCGUCGUCGGCAGCUGUACUGACAUUGACAUAGUGUUACAGCUUCAACUUGAAUGUGAUGAGGACGACAGGAUGAGGUUUAACAAUGCAGCAGUGUGUUCAAUGGGUGAGCGACAACAGGACGAACCUUUGGAUUUCCUAACGUCCAUUCGUCGCGGUCUAGACGAACUCGUAGCUGAUGUGUCAGAGGAUGAGGAUGAGAGCGACGAGGAUGGCGAAUAUUAUCAGGCAAGCAAGGAGAAUACGUACUACAGUCCAGGCCAAAAGUUAUCGUGUAGCUAUCAAUUGGACGAUGUACUGGACUUUUCGAACACGUCGACAGCUUCUUCGUCGUUGUUUACACCGUGGGCUCAACAAGAGUCCGAUGAUGAGACAGACGAACUCAUUUUUCAACUCGAGUUGUGA